CUCAUGUUUCAUCAGCACCCCCUGAAACUGACAAGGUCUCUUCAAACAUAAAGAGAUCUUUCCAUCCUAUAUUCUAAACAGGGCGUCGUGGCGUUUUGUAUUUGUAUUUCUAUAGCCCCCCUCCCCUUGCGUCCAGAAUUUAUAUUUUCGGGCCGCACCCAAAAGACCACAAAAACAAAUAAUAUCACGAGGGCGCGCAGCGAAGGAGAGACACGACGUGACGCAGGCGUCCCUAUUUAUCCACUACCAACCGUCAGGGAGAGAUCUUGUCAGUUUCAGGGGGUGCUGGUGAAAGAUGAGACGAGGCGCGCUGUGGCCCGCAUCGUCUAAGAUCGCCAAUCUUGGACGAUGCGGGCUACAGCGCGGUUUCACAAAAGUCGGCAGAAGGUCACCUCACAUCCCCCCAACUCUAUAAGGCACAACCUCUCCAAACACGAAAAGUGAAAUAAGAUAAAAACAAUUCCCAUAUCUGUGAUCCAACAGAGCCACACACCUCCUCACGCACACAAACCACGCCAUUCCCUCGACCGCAGCGCACCUCGUCCGACUCCACCCCCGCACUCCGGAGUUCAACGACGCCGGGCGCAUAGGCAGUCUCGGCUCACCGCAGCACAGCUUAAGAUGACAGCACAGACCCCCGCACAAGAGGAGUUCCAGGCCAUGCUUGACAAAGCCUGGUUCGGCGGGGCGCCGUCCGACCGCCACCCCGAGGACGCGAAUGGCGGCGCCGACGAGAUCGAUGAGGCGGACGAGGAGGCGCGGCACCGCGAGCAGCAGAUGGAGGAGGCGAUGCGGGCGCCGAGUGGGGGAAGGGGGGGGAGGCUGAACUUGCCCCCGCCUAGCUUUGAUAGUGGGAGGACGACGGGGGUGAAGGGGGUUAUUGCUGAUGCGAGGAGUUUUGAGCAGGCGAGGAGGGAGGGGUUGGGGAGGGUGGAAGGGGCGGGGGGGGAGGAGGCGCUGGAGGAGGAUGAGGAGUUUUUGGAGAAGUGGAGGGAGGAGAGGAGGAGGGAGUUGGAGCGCGAUGGGAGUGAUAUUAGGAAUAGGCGGACGAGUCCUAGUGUGAGGAGGUUUGGACGGUUUGAUGAGGUUGAUGCGCUGGGGUAUCUGGAUGCGAUUGAGAAGGUGGGAUGGGAGACGGUAGUGGUGGUUUUUGUGUAUGAUAUCGAGUGCGCUGUCUCGCAGGUUAUCGAAGAAGCUCUUACCCCGCUCGUCGCGACACAUCCCGAAAUCCACUUCGUCAAGGUGCACUACGACGACAUAGAGUUUGAUAAUGCAGGAGUGCCGGCCAUGCUGGCGUAUAAGCAGCAGGGAGAGCUGUUUGCGAAUCUCACAUACAUCAUCGACCAGAUACCCGAGGAUACGAACUUUGAUACCCAAGCUUUGAAGAAUGUGCUGAGGAAGCACAAGGUUUUAUAAUUGCAAUUUUCUUUUAUGUUCUAAUGGCCGAAAAUCGCAGGUCUAUUACUAUAAUCGAGUCAAUCUGUGCAAUUGGACAAGUGAUUCCACUAGUGAUUAUUAUACAAGGACGACAACAUAUAGAGUCCUGGUAUCAUGAAAAGCUAAGCGGCGACGAGCUUAUAUUGCUCUCUGAUUCUGGAUAUACAAAUGGCGAACUAGCAAUGCUUUAUUUAGAGAAUUUCAUUAAACAUUCUGAUGCUAGGCCUAAUAAACCAUUAAAAGUCCUUCUUAUGGAUAGCCAUAUCAG